GAGCGCGAGGACCGGCGGGGCGCGGGCGGAGGGGCCCGGGCGCAGGAUUGGAAUCGGGACCCAGAGCGGAACAGGCGCGGGAGCCAUGGCGUCGUCCGGGCCGGCGGGGCCGCCGCCGCCGCUGCUGCUGCUGGUGCUGCUGGCGCUGCUGGCGGGCGCGGCGCGGGCCGGCCUCCACUUCCGCCCGGGCCAGAGCUGCUACCGGCCCCUGCGCGGGGACCAGCUGUACAACCUGGGGCGCAGGACCUACCCUCGGCCUCACGAGUACCUGUCCCCCUCGGAUGUGCCCAAGAGCUGGGACUGGCGCAACGUGAACGGGGUCAACUACGUCGGCGUCACCAGGAACCAGCAUAUCCCCCAGUACUGCGGCUCCUGCUGGGCGCAUGGCAGCACCAGCGCCAUGGCGGAUCGCAUCAAUAUCAAGAGGAAGGGGGCAUGGCCCUCCACCCUGCUGUCGGUGCAGCACGUCAUCGACUGCGCGAAGGCGGGCUCCUGCGAGGGCGGCAACGACCUGGAGGUGUGGGCCUACGCCCAAAAGCACGGCAUCCCCGACGAGACCUGCAACAACUACCAGGCCAAGGACCAGGUGUGCAGCAAGUUCAACCAGUGCGGCACAUGCACCGAGUUCAAGGAGUGCCAGCCCAUCCAAAACUACACCCUCUGGAAGGUGGGCGACUACGGCUCCCUCUCCGGGCGGGAGAAGAUGAUGGCGGAGAUCUACGCCAACGGCCCCAUCAGCUGCGGCAUUAUGGCGACGGAAAAGAUGGUCCAGUACACCGGGGGCAUCUACGCCGAGUACCAGGAGAAGAGCUACAUCAACCACGUCAUUUCCGUGGCGGGGUGGGGCGUCAGCAACGGGACCGAGUACUGGAUUGUGCGGAACUCGUGGGGUGAACCAUGGGGCGAGCGAGGCUGGAUGAGGAUCGUGACUAGCACCUACAAGGACGGGAAGGGUGCGGACUACAACCUCGCCAUCGAGGACACCUGUACCUUUGGGGACCCCAUCGUCUAAGGCUGACAUCUCGAGGAGCAGUUCCUUAAGAAUUACCGUGAUCCGUGACCAGGGGGACCCCCUGUUCUGGGCCCUGGGUUGGCACCGCCGCGAUUCAGAGGAACUGGGGGCUGACACUCAAACCGCGCUGCUGUCUGACCGGUGGGGGGCCCUGGCCCAGCGCAUGCCCAGAGGAGCGCCUUGGGACGGCUCCCCCGCCGGGGACUGCGCAGACCAUCUACCUGCCGAGGAUGUGAUCGAGGGACAUUAAUUAAGGGACCUCCAUUUUCUUCAAUUAAUGGCUUGGUAUUUCCUCUUUGGCAACUGCGGUCUAUAAUGUGGCAUUUAUCACCAGUUCUUUUAUCGCCCUGCAGGACAUUGGGGCGGGGGGGGGGGGGGGAGGAGGAGCAGUUUCAGAUUGCCCCAGCGCCAAAUAAACACGGGACUUGAGGACAGAGCCUGGGGUCACUCACACAGAACCACACAGCAGCCACGUCUGCACCUGCCAACCCAAUGGAAGGGCUUUGUUUUAUUUGUUCUUGGAAAAUUAAACAAUUACUUAAAACUUCCA